AUGGCUGCACUAUACCCCUACGGCCCUGCAGUUGCUUUCCAGCCGAGCGGGUCAAGAGCCCUGUCAAGCAGUGGCAAAUUGAGAUUUCAACCAGCAGUCAGCAGAGAUGAAGGAGGUUCAAACAGCGUGCAGUUGCGUGCCUUCUCCUUCUGCAAUAUCCUUGUCGGGCUCGGCAGCGCGCGAAGAUUCAGGGGCCGAAACCACCCCAGAUCACCACUUGGUGUGACUAUUGUGAGGAGACUAGCCGGGUCCACUUCAACUCUGGUGGACUCAGCAGCCAUCACAAAAGCCUUCAACGAAGCUUGUCGAAAUGGCAAACAGCAAGCCGUUCUAAGUCUACUCAACCAGCAUCCUGAUGUGAUCCGUUGCCUGGUCAGCAAACCUGUGGGGAAGGAUCGCAUUACUCCCUUCUCCUACCUCUGUUGGUUCGUCCUUUGUGAUGCCAUCGAAACAGUUUGCCGCGACUAUGGCGAUGAGAUGGAUGCUGAAGUGGUGGACCACGCCCUGUCGCUGGUGUGUCGUUUCGGCAAGGCUGAAGCUCUGAAGAUCCUCAUCCGACACUUCCCGGAAGUCUGUCGCAAAGCCAUGGUGCGGGAUCUGGCCGAAGCAUGUCGCAAGUCUCGACUUCAAGUGGCCUUGUGUUUGUUGGAGAGUUUUCCUCAAGAAACAGUUGCAGCUCUGAAGAGCACAUCCCCAGACAAAACCACGGCACUAUACUGGGCCUGUCGCAACGGCUUGCAUCCUGUGGUGGAGAUUUUCAUCCGCCAUCCCAGUGAGGUCAUGGAGGCCCUGAGGUUGAAAGAUGGUGAAGGCCAAACAGGCCUGAGCCAUGCAUGUCAGAAUGGGCAUGAGCAGGUGGUAAAGCUCCUAAUCGAUCUGCUGCCCUCUGCCGAUGCCGCGGAUGACUCCGUCACCGUGGAGCCUUCCGUGCCUUCCGCAGAGGUCUCGCAGGAUCCGGCGAUGGUCUCCCCUGAUGGACGGCAGCUCUUGCAGCAGCAGGGCUACAGGUUGGUGGGUAGCCACAGUGCCAUUAAACAAUGUCGUUGGACCAAGAGCGCCAUGCUGGGUGAGGGCCAGUGCUACAAACACACCUUCUAUGGCAUCAAUUCCCACAGGUGUAUGGAAGGCACACCUUCCUUGGCCUGUGCCAACAAAUGCACCUUUUGUUGGCGUGGUCAUGCGAAUCCGGUGACGACCUCCUGGACAUAUCAAACGGAUGAUCCGAAAAGCAUCGUAUCGGAAAGCAUCGCAAGGCACCUGGAGCUGGUCGAAAAUGUGGCCGCCUCGCCACGGGCCCUGCCCGAAAGGAUCGCGGAGGCAAGGCGUGUGGGGCACAUGGCGCUGUCUCUGGUGGGGGAACCGGUGCUCUAUCCCCAUGCUCCAGAGUUGGUCCAUGAACUCCACAAACGAGGGAUCUCCACCUUUCUGGUGACCAACGGCCAAUUUCCGGAGGAACUUCAACAGCUCUCCUGGGUCACACAGCUCUAUGUGUCACUGGAUGCCCCCAAUGAACAUGACCUGAAGGAGAUCAGCAGACCUCUGUUCAAAGACCAUUGGCAGCGCUUGAGAAGAUCCCUUGAAGUCUUGCGAGAGAAGCGACCAUACCAGCGCAGUGUGGCGCGGUUAACUGUUCUAAAGGACAAGAAUAUGGACAAGGAUGCCUGUGAUGGCUAUGCGGAGCUGGUGCAGUUGGGCGACUGCGAUUUCGUGGAAGUCAAGGGAGCCACCUUCGCGGGCUGGGACGACAGGACCGGAUUAUCCAUGGAAUCGGUUCCAUGGCAUGAAGAUGUACGGGACUUUGCCCAACAGCUGUCACAGUCUCUUCCUGGAUACGAGAUUGCUUGUGAGCACGAACAUAGCUGCUCCGUGCUUCUGGCACAUCGAGAUCGUUUCUUUACUCCCUUCGGCCAUUGGAGAACUUGGAUCGACUUCGACGCCUUUGCCGCCGCGGCGCAGCGGGGCCAGCGGCUCCCCGUGGCGGAGUUCACCGUGGCCACGCCGCCGUGGGCGCUGGCGGACGGCUGGCGCGCAGCGGGGGCGCAGGCACCGGGCUUCGACCCAGCGGAGCACCGGAGGGCGCCAAGGAAGUCCAAGGCGGAGUACCUGGGACGUAGCAUCGAAAAAGAAGAUAAAAAAAGGGGGCUGGGAAGGUUGGGAUGCUGGAUGGGUUUCUGA